AUGCACUCUGAAGCCGGGGACACGUCUGCAGAAGUGAAUCAUCAGCAGGGUAUGAGCCCAACGCUGCGUGUACUGGAAGGAGAAGACAAUGGCCCUGCAUAUCAAGAUGCAGGGAGACCGCUGCGCCCCGCUGAAAAUGGUCACGAGCAGAAUGAUGUUGCUGGAAUGCCCAACGGGGUUCCCAGAACGUUUCCCGCUCCGCAUCGUGAUGAUCCUGGAGUGGAAACCCCUCAAGUGGCACAGCAUAUGGCUUCAGAAGGGAGCAGAGCAGCAUCGGAUGGGCUGCGUCAGCUUCCUGUGGAGGGAACAGCAGCCGUACAAGGACUCCAGGUCCCUGACAUGAUGAUUGGGGAGAAUCUACCUGGAGAUCAAAUUCGCAAUGGAGCCCCUGGUGCUCCUCAGUUACCUUUUUUUCCGCAAUUCGUGCCAUCUCCUCUACCGGGACAGUCACCUGUUGAUCAAGGGAGGACAGCGCCUCGUGCAGGCUCGUGGUUCUCUCGCCUUGGUGACUAUAUCCAGAAGCGGGUUGAGGUCACAGCUUGGACAGCACCCCCGUCAGCAGCCUCUCCUGAGGUUCAUGGUACAUGGCAUAACCAGAGCCAGGUACAGACGAUGAUGAUGGCUUCGCCGUCCAGGUCGGAGCAUCGCCCCGCCUCAGUAUCAAGUGGAUCGGGCGGGAUACCUCAGGAGAUGGUGCAAGCCGAAGUGACUAGACAACUGGAUGCGGCUAUGAGCGAGGUGAUGGCGCGACUGUCGGCAGAGAGGCAGCGGACAGAACAGGCUAAUAUGGAAGCUCAGCGACUACGAGCACAGCUGGAGCGAUAUGAGUUGCGGAUGCAAGCGCCAAUCAGGGAGAAUGUUGCAGAGCAGAACAAAGUCCAGGUCACAGUCUCCAGGACCACGUGCGUUUUUCCAAGGUUUGUCCAGAUCUUCCGCGGCCACCGGUCCUACCUCCUUUACAACCACCAAUUGCUCCUUCAGAGGGAGCCAAGGCGCCUGGAUCCGUUGAAGGUAAUCUACUUGCUACUCUCGCUAGAGGCAUUGAGUCGCUACUUCAUCAACAACAAGUUCAGGCUACAAGGGUUGACAGACCAGAAACAGUCAAGCCUGGUGUAUCGCAGCUCCCCGAACUCCCGGAGUACCAGCCAAGCACAGGAUCCAUUGACCUUUUGA